GCACGGGACGCUGCUGGGCUGGUGGUGGAACGGCAGGGUUAUGCCGUGGGACUACGACCUCGACGUGCAGAUGCCCACGGCUACGCUGUCGUAUCUGGGACGCCAUUUCAAUCGCACGCUGCACGAUUAUCGGUUUGUCGUCGAGGGGGGCGGGGAGAGGAUUGUCGCUGGUGGGAGUGGGAGUGGGGAUGGGAAUAGGGGUAGAAGAGACGAUGUUAUAGACGACGGUGGUGAAGAUAUCGUAUACAUCAACAAAACGUACCUCCUAGACGUAAACCCGCACCAUACGGACCUCACGCGCGGCAACGGCGCCAACAUAAUCGACGCGCGAUGGAUCGACGUCGGGACGGGGCUCUUCAUCGACAUCACGGGGCUGGCGGAGCGGGACGCGGCAGGGGCGCCGGGGGUCUGGAGCUGCAAGAACGCGCACCGGUACCGCACGCGCGAGAUCUACCCCCUGCGGCGCACCGAGUUCGAGGGCGUGCCUGCGCAUGUGCCGUACGCGUUCGAUAAGAUCCUUACGGACGAGUACGGCGCCAAGAGUCUUGUUAAUACGGAGUGGGCUGGGUGAGUUAAACUGUACAUACAGCUUGGUUGAUUGAUACGCAUUCGUUCAUCUCCCUAACCUAUAAUUUUGAAUUCUAUACUUCUCCCGUGAAGAUAAGCUAGGGCGAAGAUUGCUGACUGUAUGACAGACAUCGCUGGGUGCCGGAGCUCAAGGAGUGGGUCAAGAACCCGGAGCCGCCGCCGGGUGAAAAGGGGAAGGAGAAGGAGAAGGAGA